GAACAAAAGGUUCGAAUCAGAUGUAAGGACUAUGUCAAGAAGAUCGCGGUAUACCGCGACCGCUUGGCAGUUCAACUUCCAGACAAGGUGCUUAUUUAUGAAGUGUCUCAUGACGAUCCUUUGGAUAUGCAUUACAAGAAUAUCGAAAAGAUCAAGCAGAAAUUUGUGUGCUCCUUGCUGGUGGUCACAACGAACCACAUCAUUCUUUGCCAGGAAAGAAAAUUGCAGCUGUACUCCUUCCAGGGUGUGCUGGAACGCGAAUGGAACUUGGACGCUCUGAUCCGCUACAUCAAGGUGGUGGGAGGAGCGCCAAGACGCGAAGGUCUGUUGGUUGGCUUGAAAAAUGGCCACGUGAUGAAGAUCUUUGUAGACAAUGCCUUCCCAGUGACCCUCAUCAAGCAGGCAACGGCAGUGAGAUGUUUGGACCUCUCCUGCAGGCGGAAGAAAUUGGCCGUCGUUGACGAGACCUCCAACCUGCUCGUGUACGACUUGGACACACAGCAGUUGUUAUACCAGGAACCCAAUGCCAAUAGUGUCGCGUGGAACACGGAGAUGGAGGACAUGUUGGCAUACAGUGGGAGCAACAUGCUGUGCAUCAAGACGGGCAGUUUUCCACCGCACAUGCAGAAGCUUCAAGGCUUUGUGGUGGGCUUCAAAGGAUCUAAGAUCUUUUGUUUGCAUUACAUCUCCAUGCAAACCAUCGAUGUGCCACAGAGCGCCUCUUUGUACAGAUAUAUGGAGAAGAAGGACUUUGAGACCGCCUACCGCGUGGCAUGCCUCGGGGUGACAGAGGCGGAUUGGAGAGCCCUGGCGCUGGAUGCCUUGCAAAGUUUACGCUUCGACAUUGCGCGCAAGG